GGAGCUGCAGCCUUGAAGUAGAAAAGGAAGAAGGAAAAGCAGCGGGGCGAGGAUGAGCGGUGCCGGACAGCGGUGGGCGGUGGGCUGAGCCUCCCGGGCACCGCGGGCUCGGCGGGAGGAGGAGGAGGCAGGAGAGGAUGCGGCGGGGCAGGGAUGCUGCGGCUGAACACACAUCUGCCUAAGGAGAGCAGCAUCGGCCUCCGAGGGGGAGGAAGAAAGUGGGGGGAAGGCGGCGGAGCUCGCCCGGAGCCCGCGGAGCUCUGCCGAGGACUGCCCGCCUGACACCCCUGCAAAGUUUCCCGAGCCCGGUGACGAGAGGAGGAGGGAUGUGAGAUCCUUCUCCCCGCAGCGCACAGCUGGGCUUCCAGCCCCGGUUCUGCUGGGACUGGCCAUGGCUUUGUCAUCCCCGACUGAAGGGUGAAGGUGAGACCCAGGGCAGCCGCUCUCUCCAUCCUCUUCCCUGGCUCCAGGCUCCAGCCCAGGAUUUCAAGGCAACAGGAGACUGGAAACCACCUUCUCAACACAGCAUUUGCCCUGUGAGGACUGAGGUGACCUCCAAGACUCUUCCCAGCAUGUUCAGUGAAAAGAGCAGUGCCUCUUUGACCCAAAAACCCACUCAAAAAAAGACCCGACCCCAGGGCCUCCCCUCCCCUGCUCUCUGCUGUGCCUGUGGACUCUGCAUCAUGCUAGCAGGGAUCAACAUCACCUUAGUGGGAGCAUUUGCCUUUGGGACCUUCCUCCCUGUGAACAACCCUCCCAUCAUCAUCGGACCCAUCUUGCUGGUGGUGGCCUUCACGUUCUUCGGUGCCUGCUGCAUCUGCAGCCGGAGGCCUCCAGCCCACGGGGCCCGGAAAUCCAAACCAGGUUCCAACAUUGGGCUGAUCAAACCUGGCAACACAGCCUUUGAAAUUGAAACCAGUGAGCACACGGUGCAGGACACCACCGCCGUCCAGCUGAGCCCCACAAACUCCCCCAUCUCCUCCAAAAAGUCCACGCCGGUUCACGAGAACGCCAAGGCUUGCAAACUCUUCACCAUGGAAGGCAAUGGGCCAGUGGCCAAAUACAGCACGGGGGGAGAGGCCAUACAGCUCAACCUGCCCAGGGACCUGGCCACGUCCUAAACCCGGGCAAAGCUUUUGUCAGCAGCCAGCCAAAUGCUGCAGUGGGAGGGCUGGAAAUGUGCCCAUGUGGGGAAGGUGCUUGUGAAAAGCCAGCAGACACUCAGGUCUCUCUGAACCACUUUAACGGAGGUGCAUGCAGCAGCAGGAAAAAAAAAAAAAUCCAGAUUUUUGCUGAAACAUGCCCAUUAUGCAGUUUUAAAAAGAAAACUGGUAAUGAUGCUGCUGUGAAAAGAUGAUCUCUGUUCCUGGAAAUACGCUGCCAUUUCUGGGGAGCAGAUAGGAAGAAGGGAAUGAAUUAAUUUGUCUGCUCUAAUGUGGAAAUGUGACAGUUGGAAGGAGAGACUAUAUGGGACUGACAAAUGACAGCUCUUUCUUCUCAGAAGUGAAGCAAUUCUUGGACAUAAAAGAAGCAGGAAUGCAGUAAAUUACAGCUUGCUGCCACUCAGUCACAAGAAGAUUUCUGCUGUUUUAGUGCCAGACUUUUUGGCAGUAGGGACAAAGCUAUGUCUUUGCUACUGAAAAAGCAGUGUGAAACCAUCUCUCCUGUGUCAAAAAUUCUUGCCCCAUCUUGCCCUCCUUCGAGUGAUUUUACUGCCUAUUCUAAGUGAAGGAACCACAAGGAUCACA